GGGGGGGGCAUGUGGUCCAAGAAAAGCGGCGGGACGAUCGACCUUUAACCUUUGACCUUCAACUCCAAUCUUUGCACCUCCCACAAUACCCCACCAUGACCACAGUUCAGGACCUGUUUGCUCAGGGCAGCCACGCCUUCGCGGAUGAGGACUACGAGGAGGCCCUUAAUCUCUACACGAAGGCCAUCGAUGUCAACGCAACUCACGUCGAGAUCUUUUUGAAACGCUCGGCUACCUAUCAGAAACUGAACAGGGACAAGGAAGCUUACCAGGAUGCGCUCAAGGCGUUGGAACUGAUCAAGGAGAAGCCUUCGAUCGAUGUUUCUGUCGAGGCAAAGGCACAGCUGCGCAAGGGUGUCGCCGCGUACCACCUUCAGGACUAUCAGACAGCCAAAUCAGCCUUGGAUGCGUGCCAUGCUCUCAGUCCCGAGCAGAGAACGUUGGCGAGCUGGAUGCGCAAAGUCGAGCAGGAACUCGCCAAGCAGCCCAAGCCUGCUCCUACAGCGACACCUGCCCCCGCUGUUGCUCCAGCCGCCGCCGCCGCCGCCGCUGACGCCUCUGCUUCCACCCCUGCCCCAGCGGCGACCCCAGUUACCCACCGUGUCAGACACGAAUGGUACCAGAACGACGGCUUCGUGACCAUUAGCGUCUUUAUCAAGAACGUCAAGAAGGAGUCAGUCGACAUCAACAUCACGGACAAGGCCUUAUCAGUCUCGAUCAAGAUGCCCACUGGGUCCGACUACUCUCUGGAGCUAGACCCCUUGAGCCAUGUUGUCGUGCCUGCGGAAAGCAAAUUUGAGGUUUUGUCGACCAAGAUCGAGAUCCAGCUCAAGAAGGAGCGCUUCGGUGUCAAGUGGGGCGCGCUCGAGGGCGACGAUGCCAACGCUGGAUCUAUGGCCACCACUGCAGCUGCCGCUGCCAUUGCCUACCCAUCCUCGUCCAAGAAGACCAAGAACUGGGACGCGCUUGAGAAAGAGGCGGCUCAAGAGGAGGAAAAGGCGGAUGGCGACAAAGCCUUGAAUCAGCUAUUUGCUCAAAUCUACAAGGACGCUGACGACAACACAAAACGUGCGAUGAUGAAGAGUUUUACGGAGAGCAACGGUACUUGCCUGUCGACCAACUGGGACGAAGUCGGCAAGGGACCCGUCGAGACCCGUCCUCCCGAGGGCAUGAUCGCCAAAAAGUACAACUCGUAAAUGCGAUUCGUCUCGAUAUUAACUCCUCAGCAUACUAAAGAGGAGCACAUGGUCGGGAAUGAUCAUCAAAUGCAUUGGGCUUUUUCACAAUAGAGUACAGGGAUAGAAACCUGACGCCUUGUUGUGCAUCCAGUCAAAAUAAAUGGCACGAUCGUUUGGUAGACGACUUUGGAAAAAGCGGAC